AUGACCGGCUGGAAGACUGCUCUCGAUGUCGUGACUGCGCUUGGACAAGUCAUGUUGAACCUGAGUCUAGGUCCCGACAUGUAUACAAUUCACCGUCGCCAGAGUAUCGGUGAAAUGCCCGCGCUGCCUCAGGUUUCGAUGCUAGUGAAUUGUCACUUGUGGAUGUGCUACGGUAUUCUACGCGAUAGUAUAUUCCCGGUCGCAGACACGCUCAAGUUGUACGUAGCAGCGCUCGUUCUGCUCUGUAUGAUCACGAUCUACUUUGUGCUGUCGCUUGCUGAGGCGACCGGGCAGUCGAACUAUGACUCGAGCAAUUUACUGGGAUACUUUGGUGUCCUCAUCAACGUUUGCAUGUUCGCGUCUCCGUUCGCAACUCUUCAGCAUGUCGUGCAGACUAAGUCGGCCGCUUCCAUCCCAUUCAACCUAAGCCUCAUGAUUUUCGCGUCAUCGGUACUGUGGGUGGCCACGGGUCUACUGGACAGCGACUACUUCAUCACGGGCCUCAACUUGGCUGGUGUAGUGCUGGGUGCCAUACAGAUCACACUGUACUACAUCUAUCGCCCAGGUCGAGGCGUGGAGCGAUACUGCGCAAGUGGAGAGCUACCUGUCGUCGUAUCCCCAACCUCCAAGAGUGCUGGCGUCGCGAUGACCAUCGAGAGUCCCGCUUAUAAACCCCUGUCGUCCCCGACUGUUCUAGGAAGACUUUAA